UCUUCCUCAUUAAUAACUUGUGAAAUCGUAGUGUGAGAGCAAGAGAAAGUGAGACCUGCCCCACUAGGCGAUAGCAGCAGCCCUUUUGGCACAGGGGGUACCAAGCAGGCAAUGCUGUUUGGGAAUGCCUGGCCUCUCUCCUGGCCUUACUGCUGUCUCUCCCCCAGUCACAGGUGCCCUCCAACAUGGGGCCAUCCUGGGGGCUCCUCCUGCUCGCAGCGGCCCUGGGGGCGACCACUGCUGCUCGCUGCCCUGCACCCUGUGUCUGCGAUAACCUCCGUGCCCAUGUCCUGUGUCUCAAUGGGAGCCUGACUGCCAUCCCUGACACCAUCCCAGAGCUCACCAGAGAACUAGACCUUCGGGGCAACAGUUUCAUGGUCAUCCCAGCCAGAGCCUUCCUUGCCACCCCCUACCUGACACACUUAGACCUGCAGCGUUGCAAGGUGGAGAGGCUGGAGGAAGGGGCUUUCCGGGGUCUGGGGAGGCUUGUCUACCUCAACCUGGCCUCCAAUGGCAUAGUCCUCCUCUACCAGGAGUCCCUGGACGGGCUCUCCUCCCUCCAGCAGCUCAUUCUGGCGGGGAAUCGCAUUGAGGAGAUACAGCCUGGUGCUUUUGGCCAUCUGGGGUCCCUCACUGUCCUCGACCUGAGGGAAAAUGCUUUGGUCUACCUCCCAGACAUGGUCUUCCAGGGUCUGCAGGUUCUUAGAUGGCUCCGGCUGUCCCACAAUGCCCUCCAUGUGCUGGGCAGUGAGGCCUUUGCUGCUCUGCCUGCCCUGCGCAGGCUGAGCCUGGACCACAAUGAGCUGCAGGCACUGCCUGGUGAGGCCCUGGCCAGGCUGGACGGGGCUACUUGGCUAGACCUGGGCCACAACCCCAUCACCUACGUGGCCGAGGAAGCCCUGGCUAUGGCGUCGCUGAGGCACCUCUUCCUGGACCAUGCCUCCCUCCAGGAUGUGGCACCCGAUGCCUUCGCCCGCAGUCCCCAGCUCCGUAUUCUGGACCUCCGGGAAAACCAGCUGCAGGGGCUGCCACCCCUAGCUGGGGUUGGGGGGCUGGUAAGGGUCAGCCUGGAUGGGAACCCUCUGCUCUGCUCCUGCUUCCUGCGCCCCUUCCACAAAUGGCUGGCAAGGGCACGGGUGCAGGCCGAGGGUGCCUGUGCUGCACCCCCUACCCUCCGUGGCCGGUCCCUUGACUCCCUGAAGUCCCUUGAGAUGAGAUGCAGUCGCCUUCGGCCACCCCCUAGCCCCACGGCACCACCAGAGCAACCAAGGGCAGCCGGCAGCAGGCAAUGUCCCCAGGGAUGUGUCUGCUCCCCCGAUUUCCAUCAUGGGUCCUGCGAGAACAGGAACCUUCAGGAGAUCCCUCGGGACUUCCCUGAGAACACCCGCCUUCUCGACCUGCGCCGAAACCCCUUCAGGACAGUGCCACCGGAUGCCUUCCCUGGCCUGAAGGAGCUGGUGUCACUCCACCUGCAGAGAUGCAGCAUCAGGGUGCUGCACCCCGGGGCGCUCCGGGGGCUUGAGAGCUUGGUCUACCUGUACCUCACCAACAACCACAUCUCCACCCUGGCAGCUGCUGCCUUUGAAGGGGCCCCGCAGCUGGCCUACCUCGACCUGGACCACAACGCCUUCACCCGUGUGCCUGCAGGCACCUUCCGGCUCCUGCCCAACCUCAUCUCCCUCCAUCUGCAGCACAACGCCAUCAAGGAACUGGCAGAGGGUGACCUGGCUGGAGCAAAGGGGCUCCGCUGGCUCUACCUAGCUGGGAAUGCCAUCAGGCACAUUGCCCCUGCUGCCCUGGCUCCCACCAAGAUGCUGGAAAAGCUGCAGCUGGAAGGAAACCACCUAUCGGAGGUGCCCACAGCAGCCCUGUUGGGCCUGCCUGCCCUGAGUGAGUUGAAGUUGUCCCGAAACCCCAUCAAGCACAUGGGGGACAGUGUCUUCCUGCCAGUGGCCUCCAGCCUGCAGCAUCUCUACCUGGACAACAUGGGCCUGGAGCGGAUUUCCCCCCAUGCCUUCACUGGCCUCGGUCCCAAGAUCAGAAGCCUCCACCUGGAGAGCAACAAAAUGAGUAACAUACCUGACAUGAGCAACUUCACGGGGUUGGAGAUCCUCAACCUGCGGGACGUGCCCUUCCACUGUGACUGCCAGCUCCUUCCGCUGCACAGGUGGAUCAACCAACUCAACCUCCGUGUAGGGGCCAUCUGUGGGUCCCCUGAGGAAGCCAAGGGGCUGAAGGUGAAGCUUUCCACCACUUUCCAAACUUGUCCUGGCUGGGGACAAAGCAAGGCUGGGGAAACCAAUCCUAACAAGAAUACGGCUGCAAGCAAGUCCAGCAAGAAAAAGAGGUCGGGAAAAUCUCCAGCCAGAGGCUUCAGUAAGAGCAAAGUUUAGGGUUUCUUAAAGUGUGUAAGAUAUGUGCUGGACACAACAGGGCCAUACCUACAGUCUGGCUAGAGCAGUUUUUAUAGAUUUGUCCCCACCAUGGAAACAUGAAUAUUGCCCAAGGUGCAAAGGAGAGCUUGGUGCCACCAAAACAAUGCUGAUUUGCCAAAUAUGCAGGGUUUGGUUUUGCAGGACACAGAGGCACAUUCCAUAGAGUCUGCAGCAUGCUUUGCUGAUGCAAACAAUGAAGCCAAAUACUUGCUUCUUCCUUCCAAAGCUUCCUCCAGCCAUGUGGAAAAGCUGCUAUCCACAAAUUUGGUUUUGUUUUUGAGAGCAUUUUCACAGCUUCCAAAAUCAUAGAAGAACCCUGAGUGGGACUGCAACCAGCACCAUCCAGUAAGGUCCUGCACUGGCACAAAUCUUAUUCUUGAAAGCUUAAAAAUUAUUAGUCAAAAUGUUGCCUUAAUUCCCAGCAGUUCAUCAGAAUUAAAAUAUAUGCACAUGGAAGCCUUUUUAUUUCCUGCAGAAUUUGAUCAGUGAUCCAUAAGUGAUCCCAUGAUCUGGAAUGUGCUCAACCUACUCCACAUGACUGCAUAGGUUGGGACCUAUGAAGUUUGUUUAAAUUGAAAAGGCUUCAAAAGAUAAAUUUACAGGUAAAGACACGUUUUGACUAACUCUGCAUUUCGGUGGCCUGGAAAGCAAUACGCAAGCCUUGGGCCUCUUCCUGAAGUUGGUCACGGGGCUUUAGGGUACAGAUUGUAGAUCAAAUUUACAGUACAACUGUUCAAAUAAUUAAAAACUC